ACUGUCAGUCGAUAUUCGAUAAAUAUCUACGUAAAAUAAAUAUAUUUUGUUAAUCAAACUAAAUCAGUUUAGCUUGAAUAUAGCUGUCUAGGGCCUUCAUUUGUAGUUGUUGUACACCAUUUCUUGAUAUAAGUACUCAAACGCGAUUGAUUACAUGUCUUCCGUGCGUCAUACCGAAAUAGAAAAUGUUGUGAAACUAAACUUGUUUCGUUGUUCUUAUUACUUAUUAUGUAAAAAAGCAUUAGAAGAUGUGUUCUCAUAGUGUAUUUUCAUUCUUUAGUAAGUGGCGGUUAUGGAUUAAACCGCUGCUGGUAGCCGUCUACGUGAUUCUUAUAAUCGUAUUAGUGCCAAUAUUGAUAGCUCAUUCUAUAAACAAUGGAUUCAGUAAAGCUGACCAAGGCGCUCUGGUGGGAGGCGGAUUCGUCCUCUUGGCGAUGCCCAUCUCGAUAUGGCAGAUCACACAACAUGUAUUGCAUUACACAAAGCCUUCAUUACAAAAACAUAUUAUAAGAAUACUAUGGAUGGUCCCAAUUUAUGCACUAAAUGCAUGGUUAGGUCUACAGUUUCCAGAACAAUCCAUUUACAUGGAUUCUCUGCGAGAAUGCUAUGAAGCAUAUGUAAUUUACAACUUCAUGAAGUAUCUUUUAAACUACCUGAAUGAAGAUCAAGAUCUGGAAGUGUUACUGGAAACAAAACCUCAAGUUUAUCACAUAUUUCCUCUCUGCUGCCUUGCACCAUGGGAAAUGGGAAGGGAAUUUGUCCACAACUGCAAACACGGCAUCCUACAGUACACAGUAGUACGGCCCGUCACCACUGUUAUCUCCAUGAUCUGUGAGCUGUGUGGUGUGUAUGGCGAGAGUGAUUUCAACCCUAAUGUGGCGUUCCCUUACAUGAUAGCUAUCAACAACCUGUCUCAGUUUCUGGCCAUGUACUGCCUGGUGCUGUUCUAUAGAGCUAACCGGGCGGAACUGAGGCCAAUGAAGCCUAUUGGGAAGUUUCUUUGCAUAAAAGCUGUUGUCUUCUUCUCAUUCUUCCAAGGUGUAAUUAUUAAUAUUCUGGUUUAUUGUGGAGUUAUAUCAAGCCUGUUUGGAAUACCAGAAUCGGAUACCAAAAUUAUGUCUUCUAAACUUCAGGAUUUCCUGAUCUGCAUAGAGAUGUUCUUAGCGGCGAUUGCGCACCACUACAGUUUUUCAUACAAGCCUUUUGCGCGGCACGAGCCCGACUCGCGGUCUUGUCUCGGCUCGUUCUUAGCCAUGUGGGACGUUUCGGACGUGAAGCGGGACAUCUCUGAGCACCUCGGCGUUGUUGGGAGCUCCUUCAGCCGCCGCCUGCGAGGCAAGUCCAUGUACCACAUGGCUCGCGGCUACGACGAGAGCUCGCGGCUAGUCACCGAGGCGACCAGCAGCUCAGCCCCCAACCUCACCGUGGAGGAGCCGGCCGUCGACAUCCGGCCCUCCGUCUACGGCUCCGUCGACACGACUGUCACCGCCUCUGCCUCGGACUCCGAGCCGUUGCUAGGCUCCGACCAUGACCCUAAGGCAUGAGCAUCAAGUCUAGACAAUACGUAUUUUAUAGACACGUAAGGCACAAUCGCUGCGUCUGAUGACGCCUUUGUUAAGUACAAUCAGUGGGCCUCUAUCACGAUCACUGAAGUUCGCAAACUCACACUCAAACUACCGUGAGACACUGACAUAUUAAACAUGUAAAAUCGGGUAACUCACGUAAAAUUGUCGAAGAUGCUGCGGCCCGCAGUCUAUGUCGGGAUACCAUCGGCAUCGCGCUUGCUCAAUGAAAAU